AUGCUCCAUUUUGAGGCAAUAAAAUCCACCCUUUGUCGGAAAAAAAUAAUUCUACUUCAGCCAAUUUUCCAAAAAGAAAGAAAAAUCUAUUCCAGCCAAUUAUGGAUUAAGCUGUUUUUUUUUAAAUAAUUAUGGAUUAAGCUGGUGGGAUUGCAAGAACAGACCACAAAAUAGUACAAGUUGGCCAGAUAUGUAAUUGUAUGAAGUAGCUUGUGUUUAGCUCUUUUUCACUGAUUAGUGAGCUAUUAUAUGUAGGCGAUGAUUAAAGGAUGCUAGUCUGCAGAAAGAUCACCAUAUAGUCCUAACAGAAAUUUCAGUACAUGUGCCAAAAUUAUACUUAUACGUAUAUGCAUAUACGGAGUACAUUAAAAAAUGAAAAUCUAUGAACGAACCCAUGACAACAAAUCCACACAAUAUAUGUGCUCCCGCUCCAUGUCUGAAAUCACAUUCCAAACAAGAUGGCGGCGCGACUCCGCGACUCCGCCACGCUGCUCCCGUCCCUCGUCGGGGCCUCCUCCCCCGAGUCCCGCCUCCGCGAGAUCCACGCGCACCUCCUCGUCUCGGGCCGCCUCGCCUCUCCCUCCCACCACGCCGACUUCGUCGCCUCCCUCGCCUCCUCCAGCCACCUCUCCUACGCGUGCCUCCUCCUGCCCCGGCGCCCGGCCACGCUACUCGCCCACAACGGCCUCCUCCGCGCCCUCGCCCGCGGACCAUGCCCCGGCCUCGCCUUCGCGGCCUUCCGCGAGCUCCCCCUCGCGCCCGACCACUACUCCUUCACAUUCCUCGUCCGCGCCGCGACCUCCCUGGCCGCCGCUGCCUCCUCGGCGACGCCCAUGCCCACCCCGGUCGCCGUGAGCCUGCUCGCGGGUUCCGUGCACGCGGCGGCGUUCCGCCACGGCCAUGCAGCGGACCUGCACGUCCAGAGCGGCGCCGUAUCCAUGUACGCGGCGGUGGGGGACGUGGGCGCCGUGCGGGCUACCUUCGCGGAGAUCGCGAGCCCGGACGUGGUGUGCGUCACUGCUAUGUUGGGCGCUCUCUCAGCCGGAGGCGAUGUUGACACUGCGCGCGAGCUGUUUGACAGAAUGCCGCAGCGGGACCAUGUUGCCUGGAACGCCAUGCUCACAGGGUAUGUGCGCGUGGGCAGGUCGAGGGAAGCCUUGGGGCUGUUCGACGAAAUGCAGAAGGCUGGGGUUUCUGUCGGUGAGGCGACGCUGGUGUCCGUGCUCACUGCCUGUGCACAGAUGGGUGCACUAGAACGUGGCAUGUGGGUGCACUCCUAUGUGCGCAGCCGUGGGAUGAGGGUGUCGGUCACGCUCGGCACUGCUUUGGUGGAUAUGUAUUCCAAGUGUGGAGUUGUCACGAUGGCGAUGGAGGUGUUCGAGAGCAUGAGCGAAAGGAACAUCUACACCUGGACCAGCGCGCUGAGCGGCCUCGCGAUGAAUGGCAUGGGGGAGGAGUGUCUUGAGCUGUUCAAGCGUAUGGAGAGCGCAGGCAUGGAGCCUAAUGGUGUCACAUUUGUCGCGGUGCUCCGUGGAUGCUCCGUGGCUGGGUUGGUAGAAGAGGGACGAGCAUGCUUUGAUUCGAUGAAGGAUAAGCACAAAGUUGAGCCUUGGCUUGAGCACUACGGUUGCAUGGUUGAUUUGUAUGGUCGAGCAGGGCGUCUGGAUGAUGCUGUCAAUUUCAUCAAUUCUAUGCCAGUGGAGCCACAUGAAGGUGUCUGGGGAGCGCUACUCAACGCUUCUCGGAUUCACAACAACGUCGAUCUGGGCAAACACGCAAUGUACAAGCUCACGAAGAUUGAGUCCAAAAAUGAUGCGGCUCACGUGUUGCUGUCUAAUAUAUACGCGGAGUCGCACAACUGGAAGGGCGUCAGCAAAGUUCGGAACAUGAUGAAGUCCAAGGGAGUGAAAAAGGUGCCUGGGUGUAGUGCCAUUGAGGCUGAUGGCAAGGUGCAUGAGUUCUUCGUCGGCAGCAAGUCUCACCCCAGAUACAAGGAUAUCGAGGCCAUGCUUGCAGAGAUGAGCCAUAAGCUGAGGUUGCAAGGGUACGCCGCAAACACAAAAGAGGUACUGUUCGAUAUCGAGGAAGAGGAGAAAGAAGGUGCGAUCUCCUUGCACAGUGAGAAGCUUGCCCUCGCCUUCGGUCUUAUCACGUUGCCAGAAGGCACGGUGAUUAGGAUCGUGAAGAACUUGAGAGUGUGCAAGGACUGCCAUGAUUAUACCAAGAUGAUAUCUAAGGUCUUUGACAGGGAGAUUGUUAUGAGAGAUAGGAAUAGGUUUCACCAUUUCAAGCAUGGAGCGUGCUCCUGUAGGGAUUACUGGUGAUUUUCUUUUGUAACUGUUCCCGUGCAAUUUUGAUGAUCCAUUCGCAAUCAAUGAUUCAAAGGUAGCACUCAAA